AUGGCAGCCAAUCGCGGUCCUGAUGGUAUCCCCUUCCGAAGAUUGAAAGUUACUGAUCCUUCUCAGAUUCCUAAUGAGUACAGUACAACUCCAGGUGGGAGCAUAUUCAGCACCACGCCAGGGGGCACUCGAAUCUUCUACGAUCGUGACACGAUGCUGAUGUGCAAAAAUUCACCGAUUGCACGUUCACCGCCCACCGACAUGGUAUGUCGACCAGGGAUCACCUGUCCGGCCACAUGCGCUGGCGAGUGCCAUCUUCCCGCUGCGACUGCCCAAAAGCCCACAAAGAAUACUCAUCAGGAACAUGCUAGUGUACAAAAAAGUGACGAAGGGCCUUUUGACAUUGACUUGUGA